UGCAUAUUUAAAAUGACGUUUAACUUUUAAAAUGGGUGAUGAUCUUCUCCAUAUUUUACCAUCUUCGUUUCAUCUUACUUUACCAUUUCUUUCUAAUUUUCCAUCUAUUUAUCUAUUCGUCUAUUAUCUUUGGUUCCGUCAAGUUCACUGCAAAAGUACUAUUCGACGCAAAAACAAUGCAUGGGAACGAAUGACGUGGCUCGAUAAAUUUAUGCUGACUUCAGCGAGAUCCCUUGGGUUUAAAAAUUUAGAUUUGUUGCUUCAUCACCCAUGCUAUUUAAAGAAAACAUUGUGCAAUUUUGUGACUUUUCUCAGAAAUAUGCACGGAAAUAUCAGAUUUGUCGGCGUCUUUUGGUAAAGUAACGCAAUAGCAGACGAAUUCAGUAACUUUUCCGCUUUAGAAUAUUGAAAGCGAAAAAUGCAUUUAGUUUUGGUACACGGUUAUUUGCUCGGUGGUUCAGGAUCCAACGUCUACACUGCUAACAUUGCCAAAUCGUGGAAGCGACAGGGUCAUGCGGUGACAAUACUCUGCCAAGAUCCUCAUGCUGAUCGCUUGGAUUUUGUCGACGAAUUCAUUGUCGGCAACGACGCCAUUCCGCUCUCCGCCCCCUCAGCUGGCAAUAUUCGAGUCGUGGUGCCGGACAUUAAUGGGCUGCUUCUUGUCUAUUGGUACGAUCUCUACGAGGGGUACGAGGUGAAGACGAUGGUGAACUGCUCUUUGGAGGAGAUCGAAGCGAAUAUUAAAGGAACGGCAGACGGCUUGAAGAAGGUGAUCGCUCAAGGUGUCGAUCGAAUACUGGCGAAUCAUGCGAUCUUGAGUCCGGUAAUAACGAAACGAGCCACGGAAGGCACUGGAAUUCCCUACGAUGUUAAAAUACACGGAAGCUCUCUGAUAUUCUCCGUGAAAAACCGCCAAGAGCUGAGAAGCUACGCUCUGGAAGGGAUAAGGAGUUGUCGCAAACUCAUUGUCGGGGCGAAGUACAUGGCGAGCUUUGUUCAAGAAAUAUUUGAAGUGGAGAAAGAAGAGAUGGGUCUGCUCGAAAAGAUCGUCAUAAUUCCUCCAGGUAUGGACCCUGACGUUUUCCAGCUAGGUGGGUCUAGAAUCGAGAGGCAAAAGGCGUUUAUAGCAAGUGUGAAGGAUUUUAUCAAGCGAAAGCCUGGAGGGAGAAGAGCAGACAAAGUCAAACUUCCGGGUCACUCAGCGAAAGAGUUACAGAAGUCAUUAGAAAGCGUUUCCGAGUCCUAUGACCUGCGAGCAGCUGACGCAGAUCUCUGUGAACGCUGGAUUCCUCUAGAAGAAGACGAGCCACUUAUCUGCUUCUUUGGCAAGUUUCAAGAAACCAAAGGAGUCGGGGAAUUAUUAAUGGCUUUUGCGACUAUUGUUGAACGGAUUCCCAGGGCCAGACUGUUGUUGAUCGGGUAUGGAGGCAACCGCGAGAAUUUGGAGGGAAUGCUGGAGGCGAUGGUUCAGGGAAGCAUUGAAGCCUUCAAAGCAUAUGCUGAAGCAGGAAACUUUGUGGAUCUCCCUCAGGAACCUGAGAAAUUCUUCCGCCAGAUUCCAUCGGGAAGGGUCACAAUGACAGGUCUCCUAGAACAUGGCCAGUUGAAGGAAGUCCUUCCUCUGUGUAGUCUCAGUGUAAUGGCAUCCAAAGCCCUGGAAGCCUUUGGAAUGGUUUCAGUCGAAGCUAUGGCUGCUGGGGUACUCCCCCUCUGUCAUGAUCAUACGGGAAUCUCAGAUGUCAUAGGUGCUGUCAGAGAAGUGGAUCCUGAGUUAGGAGACCUGAUGCGCUUGGAGGUACGUCCUGGUGGCGCUCAAGGUGUAGCAGAUGGUGCGUUUCUGGUGGAGCAGUUGCCAAACAAAGUAGAGAAAGCUCUUAAGUUCAUGUAUCCAAAUGGUUUCCGGGAUCACAGCAAGCGAUGUGAGGUGUCCGCUAAGCUGAGGGAUGUGGCAAUAGCCAAGUUCUCCUGGGAUGUUAUAACCAGCAGCAUCUUAAAAGAAUGACAGAACUGAGUCUCAAGCCUAACUUUCUGAUAAAACUUGAUUCAAAGUGAAAAUUGAUUCUCAAGCACAUUGCAUCUUGAUUCAUUUGAAAAAAAAAAAAAAAAGA